CGGUUAUUUUGGAGUUUCGCGUGAUUUCAUAAGGGAAAAAACUUUCUAAUUAGUUAAACCUUAUUUAGAAAGACAUUAUUUUUAGAAUCCGUAUUAAUAUGUACUUUUGUUGUUAGAUUACUUAGCACAUAUAUAUUUUUUAAAUCAUAUGAAAUUUUCAGUAAAUAGAAUCCGACUAUCUAGAUCUUAGAUACGCGGAAGGAUUUUUAAUCAAGCAACUCGCCAUCUUUAUUGUUGACAAACUCAGAGCCAAACGCAACGUCAUUGUCUUACAAGAUCGUUUUAACUCUCAGAUAACCUAAAUUUACAGAGAAAAUGAAGUGGCAGUACAAAGAGGAACAUCCCUUCGAAAAAAGACGAGCUGAAGGAGAAAAAAUUAGAAAGAAAUAUCCAGACAGAGUACCAGUUAUUGUAGAAAAAGCUCCUAAGGCAAGAGUUGGAGAUCUGGAUAAGAAGAAAUAUUUGGUGCCAUCUGAUUUGACUGUUGGCCAGUUCUACUUUCUCAUCCGUAAGAGAAUCCACCUCAGACCAGAGGAUGCUCUCUUCUUCUUUGUCAACAAUGUAAUUCCACCAACCAGUGCAACAAUGGGUGCUUUGUAUCAGGAGCACCACGAAGAAGAUUUUUUCCUUUACAUUGCAUACAGUGAUGAAAGUGUUUAUGGAGCAUAAGUUAUCUCAAGGGUUUUGGCUCUUUCAACAAGAUUUGGUUUUGCAAAGUGACAAGAUUGCGCCAUAUUUUCAUACACUGUACAGUCUUUUCGCGCUCUAAAUAAUGUGGUUGCUUCUUUAGCUGUACACCAUAGGGGUUCUCAGUUUGCUGAAUCAUAUCAUCAAUCAGUACUUGUACUUCAUGUUUCAUGUCUUCGUUUGUUGGAUGAUUGCAAUCAGUACAUGAUGUUUCAAUGCCUAAACUUGAAGAAAUAAAACAUUAAGCACCGUUCUUAAAUCAAGUUGUUGUUUUGUAUAGCGUCAGUUUUUAGAACAUCAGCCAUGAUUAUUUACAUUUUUACUGAUUUAAAAAGUCCAAAAAUGUUUUUAAUUUAUCACCAGACUAUUUCAGGUUUUUAACUGCCUCUAAUUUUAUUUUCACUUUUUUUUUUUUUUUUUUUUUUUUUUUUUUAAAAAGGAAAUCGUGAUAUGUUUAAAUUUUCAGACUUAAGUGGUUAAUAUUUCAUGGUAUUAAAUUUGAAAAUUUUUGUAACUUUUACAAUCAGUUAUAGAAACUUUUUAUACAUUUUGUUUCCUAGUUGAAAUAUGUGGAAUUGUUUUGUUUUAACAGUCCUACCAUUGUAGUUGUCUUUGGUGUAGGUAAAAUAUGACAUUUUAACAUCUGUAAUAUAAACUCUGUCACAAUCUCAUUUUAUUGUGUUGGUGUCUUUUUUUUUUAGCAUUGUAAAUUUUUUCGUCUCUUUUUAAGUUGAGAAUUGAAAAAAAAAACAUCAAUUGAUAAUACAGGGUUAGCACACAAAGAUUCAUUUGGAAAAAAAAAUGGAAUGUACAGACAAUCAAUGAGCUACCCUUAGACCAGCUCUUGCCUUGGUGUGGUAUUAGUUUGUAACUCUUGAAUUCUUCCCAGACUGUCAAAACUUGUGCAAAAGAACAUCUUAUGAGAUUAAGUAUCUCAAUGAGAGAAAAGAUUGUUUAAAAAUUUGUAUUGAUUUCCAAGGAUCAAUGGUUUUGGAGGGGGAAAAAAAGGGGGUGGGUGCAGAACACCUUAUUUUGGUUUGCAACAAACUAUUUGUUAAGUGUUUAUUGAGCUAGAAUUAAACACACUAACUGCUGGUUUUCCUAGCAUAAUCUGGCUUGCAGUCUCUGAAAUAAAAAUUGGAACCACACAAACAUUUUACUUUGAGGAAGCUAUUGUGACCUUUGGUAUCUCAGGAUGUAAUAGUUUGUUUUGGGAUACAUUUAAGUCAAAGUUUCUGUUCUCUUAAUUAUCUUUAAGAAAAAUAAUCACUUCCAGACAGAAAACAAAAUCUUUUCAAUGUAGUCUUACAAUUAAUUCUACGUCCACAUAUACCAUAUAAAACUUUGACUGUAGCCUAAAAUGUGUGUCAUUCCAAAACAUGAUUUUUUUAUGUCACUUUUUGAGAUAUCUUUGUGCUUACCCUGUAUCUGUUCAAUAAAAACAAAAUUUAAUAACUGUUUUUAACACAAUUAAAUUAGUAAAUAUAUAAUGUAAUAGUAGUUAUAAUGCUAAGUCUUGAAAUUUUACAGCCAGCAUUUAUAAGACAGAGGGGGGAGACCUAGGUUUGAUCUUGGACACAUUUAACUAAUAUGAAUUGAUAUCAGGAAAACUAUGGUAUGAAAUUACAUGUAUGAUAAUACCUAGUCAUUUUGAAUUCCAAUUUGUCUUUUAAAAAAAUUCUCAGUCUAAAAGUCUUAAAUGGUAAGUAUAUUAAUUUGUUUUAAAAAUAACUGAAGUCCACAAAAUAGUCAGUUGUGAGUACCUGUAUUAUUUUAACUAUAAUUGAUCCAAUAUUCAAAAGAUGUACAUUUGAUAAUGACAAUAAAGGUAGUAAUACUAG